CACACGCGAACCGUCACACAACGCGUCAGCAUCAGAACCUUUCUUCUGGAUCAACCAAGAUCAUUGUAAGCUCAAGAAAUUUGCGAUGCCUCCGCGCAGGUCAUCUCGCUCUGCGCGACCGUCCGCUGAACCAGAGGAAUCAAAUUCUGCGAAACGCAAACGAACCGACACAGAUGACGUAGAGGAGAAAGAGAACGCGCCCAGGACACGCAGGACAUCGGCAAGAGCCAGCGUAGGCCCUUCUUCAAAAGCAUCUGCCGCACCGUCUUCAAGAGCGUCAGCAAGAACAUCUACACGUACGUCGGUGACGAAUCGCGCGCUGCCAGAGGUGGCCGAGAUAAAGGAGGACGAAGAGGAACCUGUGAAGAAGAAGUCGAGAAACUCUGUUGAGGGUGAGGAGGACGAGGAGGAGGACGAAAUUGUAGAGUUGCAGAAACCGAGGAGAGGUCGGGUCAAGAAGACUGUGCAGGAGGACGACGACGACGAGGUGCAAGAAGUGAAACCGCCUCGGAGGUCAUCUGCGAAACCCCGGGCGACUCGAGGUAAAACAUCUCAUAAGGCACCUGAAGACGAAGACAACGAUAUUGACGAAGUCAAACCUGCGCCCAAAGCUAAGGGAAGGAAACCUCACAAGGCAACCAACGUCGAAGACAGUGGUGAGCAAGAUAUCAAACCGGCAAAACUCAAACCGGCUCCCCGUUCCCGCAAACCUGUCAAGCUCGAAUCCAACAACGACGAACAUAAUCCCAUCUCCAUCUCUAGUGACGAGUCUGAUGCUACCCCCGCUCCCAGAAACCCCAAGGUGUCUUCUAGCAAGCAGAAGGCAAUUCCGCCUUCCGCUGAUGUCGAAGUCACGCCUAGGCCACGCAAAUCUGCACCUGCUACGCCCCCCAAACGUCCCUCGCCCGCUGCCGAAGAUAACGCAGACGACCUCGACGGGUUCCAGGAAGAGUUUCUUCAGACACCUCGGCGUGUACCGCGUCAAUCGCAGCAGCCGCAGAUGACUCCUAAACUCCCUUCCCCGCGGGAGGAGGAAGAGGAAGAAAUGUCCCUCCUCGAGCCCCGCGUGAAACCCGUGUCUGUGAUGCGGCCCCCGCCCGCUGAAGAACCUUCAAGUCCUAAGCCGCGUCUUGUGAUACACAAGAUGGUGCUCGUGAAUUUUAAGAGUUACGCGGGCCGACAGGAGAUCGGGCCCUUUCACAAGUCUUUUUCGUCAAUCGUGGGCCCCAACGGUUCCGGUAAAUCAAACACAAUUGAUGCGCUCCUCUUUGUGUUUGGUUACCGAGCAUCGAAGAUGCGCCAGGCUAAGCUCUCAGAGCUCAUCCACAACUCUGCACGACAUCCCGACUUGGAUGAGUGCAGCGUGGAAGUUCAUUUUCGCGAGAUUAUAGACCUCCCUGGACCCGACGCAUACAGUGUCGUCCCGAACUCCUCACUCAUCGUCGCUCGCACAGCGACCAAAUCUAAUACCUCUCGGUACACCCUUAACUCGCGGUCGUCCACCUACACCGAGGUCCAGACGCUUCUCCAGGGGCGUGGGAUCGACCUCACGCACAAGCGUUUCCUUAUCCUGCAAGGUGAAGUCGAAUCUAUCGCGCAGAUGAAGCCUAAAGGCACUUCCGAGCACGACGACGGACUGCUCGAGUAUCUAGAGGAUAUUAUCGGUACUGCUGUGCUCAAAGCGCCAAUCGAGUCUGCUCUUUCCGAAGUGGAUCGGCUAGGAGAGGAAAGGGCCGAGAAGGUGGCCAGGCUGAGGAUCGUGGAGAAGGAGAAAGCGAAAUUGGAUGCAGAGAGGAAGGAGGCGUUGGCAUGGCUGAAGCUUGCGAAUGAGCAUGUGAGGGCUCUCAGCCGGCUUUGGCAGUAUUACUUGUGGAAGUGUCUGGAGAAUGACGAGCAAUUCGCAGCGCAGAUUGAACAUUUGGAGAAGGAGCUUGAAGACGAGAGGGAGCGGAACAAGGAUGAUAUCACCCAUCUAGAACUGCUUGAGAAGCACUACAAGGAGCGCGAGACAGCUUACGAGGAAGUGAAAGCAGCAGCCGAGGAAGCAGCGAAGGAUAACGCGGCACGCGAAAAGCAAUCUGUGAGUCUCGAGGAACGUCGGAAGCAUGCGAGCGCGAAGGCGAAAAAGCUGAAGAAGGCGUUGGCAGACGAUGAACAAUCGAAAAAGCAAGCCGAUAAUACGAUCCAGGACUCCGACGACAAGAUCAAAACGAAGAAGCGCGAGAUUGCGGAGCACGAGACGAACCUGGAGAAGGAAGAGAAGGUGCUCGAAGGGAUCCGGGAUAGCUUGAAGGACAAAACGCAAGUCUUCCACGAACAAAUCGAGGCGAAGCAGAAAGAGCUUCAGCCGUGGACUGCCAAGAUUAAUGUCAAGCAGGCCGCGAUUGACGUAGCAAGCUCUGAACGGGAUGCGCUCGCGAAGAAAGCCACAGGACUCAAAGACGCGGUCACGCAAGCGGAGGGACAGUUGGCUGAGUUGCAAGUAGAGCAAGAGGGAAAGCUAAAUGAGUUGAAUUCCUUGAGGACGAAAAAGGCGGAGGUGCAGAAGAAAUUGGGGACCUGUGAAGAAAAGUUCCACGCUGCUCAGGCGGUCGUCCAGGAGCUUCGGGGCAAGGCAGGCUCCUUGCGGCAAAAGGCAGAAGAGGCCAAAGCAUCCCAAGCAGCCAGCACAUCACAGAACAAAGUUCUGGAUAGCUUGACGAAGCUCAAGCAGACUGGUCGUAUCGACGGGUUCCAUGGCCGUCUCGGCAGCCUAGGCACAAUCCCAGAUAAAUACGACGUUGCAGUCUCCACUGCCUGUGGCGCCCUCAACAACAUGGUUGUCGACACUGUCGCACAGGGCCAAGCAUGUAUCGAGUUCCUGCGCAAGCAGAACAUUGGCCGCGCGUCUUUCAUGGUGCUGGAGAAGCUCCCCACCGACAGACUCAACGAACGUGUUGUUACACCGGAGGGCGUCCCGCGGCUAUUCGAUCUCAUCAAGCCGAAGGAUCCCCGCUUCGCAUCUGCGUUCUACAAAGGUGUUGGGAACACCCUUGUUGCUGACAAUCUAGACCAAGCGAACAGGAUUGCUUUUGGAGGAUCGAGGCGCUGGCGCGUUGUCACGCUUGCAGGGCAGCUGAUUGAUUCAUCGGGAACUAUGUCAGGCGGUGGGAACCACGUCUCGCGGGGUGGAAUGAGCUCAAAGCUCCAAGCGGAGGCAGUGAGCCCACAAGUUUUGAGGACCUACGAGCAGGACAGCGAACAGGCGGCACGUAAUCUCGAGGAGGCGCAGCAGCAGCUUCGUGAUAUUGAGGCAGAAGCCGAAAGGCUUACACAGGCAGGCCCGGAAAUAGAGCUCAGCAUUGAAAAGCUCACUAUGGGCGUCAACAAUGGGAAGAAGCGGCUGGCUGAUGCUGAGAGGCGUGUGCAGGAUCUCAAAGCACAAAGCAAGCCCAAUGCUAAGGAUCUCGCUCGAAUCAACACUCUAGAUGCCGAGAUCGCAUCGUCGACAGAAGAGCUUGACGAACUGCAAACCAAGACUGGCGUUAUCGAGGCCGCGAUUAAAGUCCUCGAAAAGAAGAUCCUCGAAAUCGGCGGCUCCAAACUGCUGAAGCAGAAGUCCACUGUUGAUGGUAUUCGCUUGCUGCAUCAGCUAGCUAACGAGGAGGUCACCAAGGCUGAGGUCAUGAAGGCUACUGCAGAGAAGAACCUCAUAAAGUACACGUCUGGCGUUGAGACCAACCGUGCGGCGCUGGAGGAAGUUGAGAAAGAGCUCGAGGAGCUGAAGGAUCAGCUGGCGGAGGUCACGCAGUAUCUAGAAGACCUCAAGGAGAAGGUUGAAGCCGCACAAGCUGCUCAGGAGAGCUCGAAAGACGAUCUCGAUCAACUUAAGCAGCAACUCCAGGAAAAACGCGAGGAAAUUGAUGAGUUUAGAAAGAAGGAGCUUGAGAUUACUCAGAAGCUUGCCGACAAGAAGAAAGAGUCUGCCGAAAAUGAGCGUGUGCUGGAUCAUUGGCGCACGGAACACGACCAGCUCAAGCUCUACGAUAUCGACGAUGACGACGACGAUGAAGAGGAAGGAGCUGACCAAGUCGCUGAAGCUUCGGGCAGUGGUGAAGGGGCGGUGAAGCAGGAACAUGCAGAAUCUGCACCCUCGAAAAAGGCUCGUCAACGAACGCCAUCGAACGAGCUAUACAUAUAUAGCGCCGAAGAACUUGCACGGUUCAAGAAAAGGGACAUGCUUGCAGAUUCCGAGUAUCUUGAUGAAAAACUCAAGAACACUAAUCCAAACCUCAACGUUCUCAAGGAAUACAAGAAGCGAGAAGAAGAAUUCAUGAAACGCGCCAAAGACUUGGAGGAGACUACUACAGCGCGCGACACGCAGAAGCAGCUUUACGACGGUCUCCGGAAACAACGCUUGGACGAAUUCAUGGCAGGUUUCAGCUCAAUUUCAUUGAAGCUAAAGGAAAUGUAUCAGAUGAUCACUCUUGGUGGCAACGCAGAGCUCGAGCUUGUCGACAGUAUGGAUCCCUUCUCAGAGGGCAUCAUUUUCAGCGUCAUGCCUCCGAAGAAGAGUUGGAAAAAUAUUUCGAAUCUAUCUGGGGGCGAGAAGACCCUUAGCUCACUUGCUCUCGUGUUCGCUCUGCAUGUGUUCAAGCCUACGCCACUCUAUUUCAUGGAUGAAAUCGAUGCAGCUCUAGACUUCCGGAAUGUCUCGAUUGUGGCGAAUUACAUCAAGGAUCGCACCAAGAAUGCACAGUUCAUUAUCAUUUCUUUGAGGAACGACAUGUUUGAGCUCAGUCACCGUCUCAUUGGAAUCUACAAGACCGCAAACGCAACACAGAGUAUAUCUAUCGAUAAUCACGCGCUCGCUCGUCGAACCAUCAAGGCUGUGCCGGCGGCAGCCUGAAAUGCUUGCAUCUAU